CCCGUAAUAAUAAAAUUUUGUUACAUUUUUGACAUUGAUUAAGUAUAAUUUAUUGUUUAUCCAGAUUAUAGGAAACAUUUUUUAAAUAAAUAAACAUAAUUUGUUAAACUAUAAAAUGCAUUAAUUAAACUAUAAAAGACAAGAAUACUAAAAGGUAGGAAAAUUUAUUACUUCAGUGGCAUUCAAAUGUAAAUAAUUUUGAAAACUAAGAGGCAAUUUAUAUUGGUACUUCUCUUUUAAUAAUAGAGAUGAUGUUUUAGAAGAAGUGUUUUGUUUCAAUUUACAUAAAAUUUUAAAAUUUUAAAAUUAUUUUUAACUUUAUUGGAAACAGUUCAAGCAAUUAAAUUUUACUGUCUUUUUUUAUAAUUGGUUAAAUGAUUUAAAAUUAUAUUUUUAAAAAUGCUUUUAUUUUUAAAUGUAACUUUUUUAAUCUUUGUUCACUAAGUUAAAAAUAUUAUGGAUCUGAUGGAAUAUGUUCUUAAACGACAUUGGUGAUCGAUCCACUUAAACCAAAAAAAUAUAAAACCACGGAACUACAAUUUUUUUGUGUUGAUUUAUUCCAUAUUAAUUUGUAGAUAAAUAAAAAGAAAUGAAAAAUAAUGGGCAUUAAAGUGUUGGCUGGCCACUCUAAUUGUAGGAAAAGACAUGUGAUUUUGCAAGUACGUACUUCGGUUCACGCCUCACGUAUACUUCGUCCGUAAUCCUUUUCCAAUGUAAUCAAUUUAUGGCAAAACGGGUAUAUUAUAUAUUAACGGCCACACUAUAUUUUAUAUUUACAUAUUAGUUGUAAUAAACUUGGAAGUUUCAGUAGAGACAAAAUCUGAAGAAGAGUGUCUAUUAAGUGAAGAGGAAACCGGUACCACUUGAAUUAAUUUGUAGCGUUGUGUCUAGAAAAAAAUAUACAAGACGGAGACAAUGUAGGGCACUGUUAUAGUCCCUACCUUAUUUAUAAGACUUUCAAAAAAACUUGUAUGCAUGCAUAUACAUUCACAUAUUCCCCUCUAUUUAUCUUAUGGUUUUGUCUUCAAAUUUUCCCUUUUUUCCUACAUCCCACAUGAUAGUUUCUUUAUAAAGUUACAUAAAUAAGAAUUUCAUUUUCUGUGUUUUCUUUGUUAAAUUUAUGUAGUGUUAAAGGAAAAUUGAUUAUUCCUCAGUUCAGUUAUCAAUUGAUGCAGAAAGAAAAUAAUACUAUUGGUUAUUCUGGGGCAUAUACAUUGACCUUGCAAAACAAUAAUAAAUUAAUAAUCAGAAACUAGAGUGAGUAAAAAACAAGUGUUUGGAUUGUUUUUUUUCUUGGCUAAAAGGUGGUUAGAUUUUAAUGAGAAUAAACUAUAAAUAUUAUAUUUUACCAAUAAAACAAAUAUUCUGAUGAUACUUUAGAUUUAUAUUUUACGCGGAUUGUACAGGAUUACGCGGGGUUCAUGGUUUGCAUUGACAUGAAUAUAAGAUUGAUCACCAAGGAAAACAUUUCAUGUGUUUCUGCAUGAAUUAGUCGUUGUUAUGUAUAUAAUACAUAUAACCUAGUCACAAAUCCUCUAAAAGUCAUGCGUAAACCUAAAAAAUCUAUGUAAAAAGAAAAAAUAUCUACGAGUAUAUGAUUUUUCUUAUAAAUUUAAUAAUCUCUUCCCGUUUCUCUCUCUCCUUGUGCCCUUAUAUACCCCUCCAUACCCACCCACCACCUUCACAUCCACACCUUUCUUAAAACAGACCAAACUCUCUCUUCUCUCUCUAGACAAGUUAGGUUUCAAUAAGCUCAAAUCAUGGCGUUAAAGAAGUCUAACAAAGUGGCAGCGUCUCAAGCAGCAUCUCUAAAGAAAAUCUUGAAGAGAUGCUCAAGUCUUGGAAAGAAGAAUCAAAGUAACUGCUACUUCAACGACGUGCCAAAGGGUCACUUCCCGGUCUACGUUGGUCAGCAACGUAGUCGCUACGUGGUCCCAAUCUCAUGGCUAGAUCAUCCUGAGUUUCAGACACUCCUCCAACUGGCUGAGGAAGAGUUUGGAUUCGAGCACGACAUGGGUCUCACUAUCCCUUGUGACGAAGUUGUCUUUCAAUCACUCAUCUCCAUGUUCAGAUAGAACUCGAGAUUAUGAUCCUUAUUAAGAUUCUUAAGGGUUUGAUCACAUUGCCACACUCAAGACUCGAAGAUAAAAACAUUAAACUUAUUACUAAGAAACUAUAGAAACAAGAAGCAAGAAAUAAGGAAUAUAUAACUAUAUCUUUAGUUUUUCUUCUUUGCUAAGAAGACAGAAUCAAAUGGCGGGCAUUGCGUCAAGCAUCGACUCAAGAUUUGUGGCUAUAUUAAUACAUCUAACAGUUUUUAUAUAACCACUCUCUUGGGAUUUAUUUUUUCUUAUGAAUGUUUUUUUGGGGUCAUGUCUAUUUAUUUUGAAUUUUGUAUAUUAGUUUUCGUGGGCGACUUUUCCCUUAAGUCAACGUGUAAUGUUGACCGUUGGUUCUUGAGAGGAAUAGCUAGUUUGUUUGUAUUAAUUCUGAAUCAAUAAUUUUUAUUUUUUUGUUUAUCAUAUAGACAUAUAUACUAUUA